GAAAAAGAAAAGAGAGGAGGUUAUUGAUAUCUGGUUAGUAAGUAAAGAAUUUGGUUUUGAUCUGGCUAAUCCAAGUCCAUAAUAUACGUUACCGAACCCAGUGAUCUUAAGGUUUCUCUAAACCCAACCUCAUGAACUCACCCUUCUCCAUAUAAAUCGCGCUUGAACUCAAGGAAAUCUUCAGGAGUUGUGGUUUGAGUUACAAUGGGUGACCACGUUGUUCUGUGUGUUGAUGGCCAUGUCAAACCCGGAAGUUUGCAUUCUCUGCAUGGGGUUGGGGUAGCACCGGGAUCUUCUGGAGAGGGUACAGGCUCGCAACCUGCUGAUCCACCCACUUGUGCUAUUGAUGUUGAUGGGGUUGGAGAACAUGGAGUGUCUGAAGAAGAAGAACCAUUGAUUCCGUUGGUGGAAUGUCGCAUCUGCCAGGAGGAGGACAGCGUAAAGAAUUUGGAAGUCCCUUGUGCUUGCAGUGGUAGUUUGAAGUUCGCUCAUAGGAAAUGCGUUCAGCGAUGGUGCAAUGAGAAGGGAGAUAUUACUUGUGAGAUAUGCCAUCAACCUUACCAAUCUGGUUACACUGCCCCACCUCCUCCUCACUCUGAAGAUACUUCAAUUGAUAUAAGUGAGGGUUGGACAACAUCUGGUAUCCCUUUGGAUUUGCAUGAUCCUCGACUAUUGGCAAUGGCAGCAGCUGAACGCCAUCUUUUGGAGGUGGAGUAUGAUGAUUAUGCUGAUUCUAGUGCUAGUGGAGCUGCAUUUUGCCGCUCUGUAGCUCUAAUUUUAAUGGCCCUUCUGCUGUUAAGGCACGCUCUAUCUCUCACCGAUGCUGAUGGAGAAGAUGAUGCUUCCACCUUUUUCUCUCUUUUCUUACUUCGGGCUGCUGGUUUUCUUCUGCCAUGUUACAUUAUGGCCUGGGCCAUCAGUAUAUUGCAGCGGCGAAGGCAAAGACAGGAAGCAGCAGCACUUGCAGCAACUGAAGUUGCAUUCAUGCUGGAGGCUGGACAACAUCCCGGCUUGCAGUUCACCAUAGCACCAGGGCCUGCUGUUCCUCAUCAGGAACCACUUCACUGAUAUGGCAUUUAUGACGGUUGUGAGGUCUGGCAUUGGUCAAGCAGAAAAUUGGAAUCAGAAAGUUGGGCAUGUUUGGAAUUUGUCACUAGCGGUUAGAAAAUUGGAAAGCUGUAUCAUUGUCAUUGUUUAUGUUAUUUUGUUUCUGUCAAGCUGCAUCUAAUCUCUCUCCUCUCCCCGAAUGUCGUUCGAUCUCGCCCAUUAUGUUUGUACAUAUAUCUGGGGUGUUGCUGAAGCAGUUUUGCCUGUUUUCACAGAUUUUUAUUUUGAAAAAGCGUGGAAAUUAGAAUUUAUAUAAACAUGUCAAUAAGAACUUGAAGAUGGAAUUCCCAGGAA